UCUUGCAUCGUUAUCUCCUUAAUGGCCAUCCUAACUUUAGUGCUAUUUUGAUGAUUUUUCUCCUGUUGAGCAUAAUUUUACAUCUGCGCACUUGUCGUUUCCUUUUUAUUUAUAAAUCUACAAAGGAUAAAACGACAAAAAUGACCACUUCUCAAGAUUCUUCUACCUUUCUAGUAUCACUAUCAUUGACGUUUUACCCCCCCGCUACUACUUACUAGGCUCGCACAGCCCGAAAUCAGUCCUUCCGAUAUAAGGCUCAAGUAAACUUGACUGGAAUUGAGGGAUUUUUUAAAAAAAUUUUAAUAUUGAUUUAAUUUUAAUUGAGAUAAUUUACUAAUCUUGACAACUGGACAAGCAUCCAAAAUCAUAUAAUCUUGUCCAACAGAAGCAGAUAGGUUAGUUGAAGAGCGUAUUCUGGUCAAACAAAAUAUACUAGAAUUAGGGUUUGUGAGCCGCAGCCCAACAAUCAAAGUUGGCCAAGAGCUGCCUGUAUUACAUAUUGAGAGAGCCAAAUCUUCUAUAUUUUGCAAACCUGAUCCCUUUUUUUUCUCUGUUUCUUCUUCCUUUUCUAUCAAUCCUCUGGCUCUGCACAUUAAUCAAACACCUUUCUCUCUCAUUAGCUAUUUCGAAUGCCCUUGUUAUUGCUCUUUCAUUUUAUUUGUAUAGUAUUAUAAGCAUUUCUUGUCUUGGAGACUUCCCUCGUCUUUCUUUUACUUCCAUUUAUUUUUCUCUGCUUUGCAUAUUAGCUAAUCUUUGAAAGUGUUCUUUCUUCAGUCUUGUAACACGAGUACAAUGAUGAUUGUGGAUUUGAACACAAAUGGUCAAGAGUCAGAGGGCAUAUAUAAUACUUCACCAGCCAAGGGCGGUGAGCUCAAGAAAAGCUGUAUAGAUUGCCACACCACAAGAACACCUUGCUGGAGAAGCGGUCCAGAAGGUCCCAAGACACUAUGCAAUGCGUGUGGGAUCAGAUACAGAAAGAAGAGGUGGGCUCUUCUGGGUUUGGACAAAGGAAGAGCAGAGAAGUGUAGAAGGAAGAUGGCUAAAAGCAGCAGAAGUAAGCUAGGAGUCUCCCUGGAGCUUGGAUUGAUGGUUCCUGGAAGAGAUAUAUUGUUGCAGGAAGAAUGGAAGAGGAGGCUGGGAGAGGAAGAACAAGCUGCUAUUCUCUUGAUGGCUUUAUCUUGUGGCUGUGUCUCUGCUUAAGAAAAAUAGAAGGAUUGAAAAAAAAAAAAAAAAAAACACUAAAGUCAUAGUUUUGAUGGGGAAUUGAAAGGUGUAAAGGCAACGGAUAUUGUUGUCCCAAAAUAGUCCAAGAGGGGAUGAAUUAGAUUUUAUAAUUUUUCGACCCUUGCUUGUAGCCUACUGAAAAAUUGUGACUUUGUUCAAUUAGGUGCUCUUUUAUAUAUAUUGUAAAAAUGAUAUAUGUUUCAAUAAUAUGUCUCUAAAUUUCAGUCCAAAUUUCAAUCAA